UGGAGGUGCAGAGCACGGCGGGAUGGGCCUGGCCCCUGGCACGGCCGCCGCGGUGGCUGCGUGUGACACCGGGACCUCCUCAGAAAAAUCUCCUGCACCAACCCAACCUGUGGUUAUUCGCUGUUUUCCAGUGUGGCGAGAGUGGUCCCCGACACGGCGAUGGUUUCUGCAGCAAUAUAUCUGUUUUUUUACCGGCAUCACUUGCAAGAGGGAGACUUGAUUAUGUUCCCGUAGAAGCACGGUGAUACUCUCACACACGGGGGGGUUAUUUUGGGGGAGCUCUGGCUGUCUGCAGGCACCGUGUGUUGGCGUGGGGCCCGGGUGGGCAGAGGCCACGGCAGGAGCCAGCAGGCCUGUGCCCAGGGAGAUGCUUUCCUUCAGGUCUUUUGGCACAUGGCCUGCCUCCUCACCUUUAUUUUCCUGCCCUUUAUUGCAAGAUUGCCAAAUAGACCUUGAGCAACUUUCAGAGCUGCCUUCGGCUGCUAGUUUGUUUUGGGAUGAAGCCUGGGCCUGAUUCAGGCAGUCGUGUUCUGUGUGCACAGGGUCUGGAUAAAACCUCGCUCUCUUUGGGUGUACUUACACCUCUGGUGUCCCCUCACUCCUUCCCAUUUGCGUGGACAGGAUCCUUCAGGAAAGCACUACAACUUGCAGGGCCCGUGACUGGUAAUUAACCUGGUUUAACUGUAGACAGCUUACUGUAAGUGAGGGAUACAACUGCAUUUAUUACACUCAGAUCAUGACAUGACUGUUAUUUUUUUAAAGCUCCCAUUUUCAAUGUCAUUUUCGAGCUUCAGAUUCCACCGUGAUAGUCAUAACACCGUCUUCAUGGGCACACGUUUGCAUGCAAUUGGCAGAGGGGUUUUGGGUCUGCUCAUUGCUCAUAUGGCUCCGCUUUUACUGCUGUGGCAGGUCAGCAAGUUUUGGAGCUCUUCAAGCUGUAAGACUGGCUUAAGGGAAUUGGUCCUUAUAAUAAAGACAGUGCUUAGCUGUUAUACGGUACGAGAUAGCAGGUCUCAGCCUCAGUCUAUGUUUUCUGCAGCAGCAGAUGAAAAUCUGCAGUGUGAUACUGCAUGGGCAGCAUCCUGCAAACAGCAACGGGCCUGAUCUCCAGGGUCCUCAUGGCUGAAGGCAAUGCCAGCUGCAGCUUGGCCCAAUUAGCCCUUCUGAAAACACUUUCUACAUAACUGUUGAUAUUACAGAAGGCAACACGAAAUUGAAAUUUGACCAAAUAAGAGUUUCUGGCCAGUCUGAGCUGUCAGUAAAAUAACACAUGGCUGGGAAGUGGUGUCCAAAAUGUUCCAGUUCUUUCCUAUCCUCUGCAGACUAGCUCUGAGCAUGCCAUUGCAUCAUCUCUUAAGCAUUGUGGAAGGUCUUCUGUUAUAUGCUUGGUUAGGUUUCUACGUCACUUCAGAUGAUGAAUUCCCAGGGCUGCCAUACUUGCACAAAUACAAAGCAAUGGCCACGCAGGAUGCUCCGGGCGUUAUUCAGAAACCCCUUUAUUCUGGCACUGCCGCCAAAAGGAACAGCGGGGACAAACUCAGCAGCAGCGCUCCUGAUGCCGUAUCAUCAGCCCAGGCUGGGUUGUGGUUGGAAACUGACUGUUUUUUCCUGUUACUUUUGUGGGAUGCUUUUGUGCCAGCUCGGUUGCCUGCUCCGGCCAACAGCCAUGCACCCCAAGGUGGGCAUAAGGCAGAGGGGAGCACUGGCUGGUGGUGGGGAGCCCCACGGCCCCGUCCAGCAGUGGUGAGGGUUUGGGUCUCCCCAAGCAGAAAAGAAACUCGGUGCAGUAUGUAGUGGGAGAGCAGCCAGGGCCAGCUCCUGCCUUCUGGUGUCCCUUCAACCCUCCCUGUGUCACUGUGACCGGUCUCACGCGUACUGACCGUGCAGACAUGGUCAAGGGAAUGGUCAUGGAGAGCUGAGCUGAGCUGGGGACUGGCACUGGGGGGACCUGCCUACAUGCCUGUCCUUGCCUGGCAGUGACCUGCAGUGGGAACAGGGCAGAGCCAGCUCACAACAGCCAAAGCUUCUUGCUUCUUCCCUCCCUGGGCAUGCAAAAGUGGAAAAUGUCACCCUAAAUCCUUCCUCUACCCAGCCCUGGACUGAGAUGGGUGCAGAGGGCCUGGAUUUGGCGUGUUCAGGUGGGGAGACUGAAAAUGAGCCCUGCAGCGAGGUGCAGAGGGGGUUACAUCCCACCCGGGUGCAUUGAAGGGCAGCGUGUAGUCUGCAGGGGUACAAAAAGUGACCCCCAAGGGCUCUGAGUAGCCUGUGGGUUGGGGCUGACAGUGCCUGAGUGUCAAGGCUGAGGCAGGCAGCACUACUGCAAAUUGCAGCCUCUGCUGAGCAAUGAAAGGUGUGCUUGUCAUAGAAGAAAGAAUGGAGAAGGAAAAAAAAACAAACAAAAACAACAAAAAAAAUUAAACAAACAAACAAACAAAAAAAAACCCACCAACCCCCCAAAAAUGGAACUAGAACAAGGAAAUGGAAUUAGCAAGGUCUGGAGCUGAACUUCCCCAACCCGCUGGGUGCUGUGGCUGGACACCCCCUUUCCUUCCCUACCACACCUGGCUGGUGGUCCCUGCACCUCUGCACUGACGCUGCUGCAGAAACCUUGGGUUACUGGGGUUCUUUGCAGGACCAUGGCCUCCAUGGUACUGAGCUUUGUUUAAAUCCAAUCAAUAUUUGAAGGCAAAUGUCAAAACUUUGCCUGGCAACAAGCUGACAAGCUCUUUGCCGAGCACCAUCGUCUUUCCGCUCUGCAAAAACCGGCUGUCGUGGGUGCAGCUGCCUUUUCCCUCUCCAUUCAGUGCUUCUCUUUGUGCUCUGCCCCAGAUAACUAUUUUUACGCAAUUAUUUAAGCUGUUUGUUCGUUGCCUGUCACACGGUGUUCAAGAACCAUAUAGUAUAUGGGUCAAUCAACCAUCGACGUCAUUCAAAAAAACCCACAAAAAAUACCCCCCCAACCCCUUCUUCACAAGAACUGAGAUUUACAAGCGGUCGCGGGUACCUCUGGGAAGGGGGGAGCUUUGCAGAUGCUCUGCGAGCAGCUUCCAGAGCUGAACCCCAACCCUAGCAAGAGCAGCACUGGCAUGCAACACAGGGACAGAAAACAGCCCCAGCAAACAUGCACAGGACUCACUGGCACCUGUAAACUUUGCUGUGAGGCUGAGGGGCAGAUUCUGUCCCCCUUUAGUCCCCUCCACGGGUUUGUCCCCUGGGCCACACCACCGUCGGGCAGGGGAGGAUCAGGCUGUGAUUCCCCCCGAAAAUUCUGCAGCCCUUGAGCUGGUUUUGCCCCAGCUGUAUGAGAGGUCCCAGCAGAGCUGCAGGGAAAAGACCAAAGAGCCAGAAAGCCACACAGCUUUGCGGGUUUGCUUUUUCUUCUGGCUGGCUUACAUUUUAGCUUGGGCAAGCACGCAGCAGCCACGCUGGCACGGGAGGGAUGUGAUGAGGAGGACAGCGGGCACAGAAAUAGCCCAGAUGGAUUUUGCCAUCUGAACUUCAUCUUCUGUUUUUUAACCUGGUCAAUGAAACCUUGUGACUCUGAUUCAUCGCGUCCUAGCACUCAGUAAUGUUUUAAGGACAUUUCAGCAGUUAGCGGAGCUUUUUCUUCACGGUGCCUUAAGCAAUUGAUAGACUUCAGAGACGACAGAGCUCUGUGCUGUUGAGUUUUUCCCCUUCUAGUAGGAAACUUAAAAUACUUGCACAGGCUUCCUAAUGCUCCGUUUUCCAGAUGAGUGGCAGAUUUGGUCCGGGAUCCCAGUCUCAGCUUUUCUGUACGGAAUUCGCUGUUUCACUGGUGGAGAAGAUGCAGGCUCAGGAAAUCCUGCGGAGCCUGCGGCUCCCCGAGUUUGACGACCUCAGCCAAUUUUUCCGCAACCUGCCGGCCACCGCGCUGGUGGGCAUCGGUGCCUUCGCGGCCGUCGUUGCCUACUGGUUUGCCAGCCGGCCCAGGGCCGUGAAGCCGCCCUGCGACCUGCGGAUGCAGUCGGAGGAAGUCGAGGGCCUGGCCGGGGCACGCCGGUCGGUGAUCGGAGACAGCUCGCAACUGCUGACGCACUACUAUGAUGAUGCCAGGACCAUGUACGAGGUCUUCAGGAGGGGAUUCAGCAUCUCCGAAAACAGCCCCUGCCUGGGGUUCAGGAAGCCCAAGCAGCCCUACCAGUGGCUGUCCUACAAGGAGGUGGCUGAAAGAGCAGAAGCUCUGGGUUCAGGCCUUCUUCAGCAGGGCUGCAAGCCAUCCACAAAGCAGUUCAUUGGUGUCUUUGCUCAAAACCGUCCAGAGUGGAUCAUUUCUGAGCUGGCUUGCUACACCUACUCCAUGGUGGUGGUUCCCCUCUAUGACACUUUAGGUCCUGGAGCCAUUCGUUACAUCGUCAACACAGCUGACAUUUCCACAGUCAUUUGUGACAAACCUGAAAAAGCCAGAAUACUCCUCGACCACGUGGAGAGGAGAGAAACGCCAGGUCUGAGCUCCAUCAUCCUGAUGGACCCGUUUGAGAAGGAGCUGACAGAGAGAGGGAGGCACUGUGGAGUUCGCAUCCAGACCAUGCAGGAGGUGGAGGACUGCGGCCGUGAGAGUCGACAUGUGCCUGUGCCUCCCCGACCAGAAGAUCUAUCAAUUGUCUGUUUUACUAGCGGCACUACAGGAAACCCCAAAGGUGCUAUGCUGACUCAUGGGAACGUGGUUGCUGAUUUUUCAGGCUUUUUGAAAGUGACGGAGAAAGUGAUCUUUCCGAGACAGGACGAUGUGCUCAUCUCCUUCCUGCCUCUGGCUCACAUGUUUGAAAGAGUUAUCCAGGUAAGAAACCUGCCUGAACUGACGAGGCCUCGUGGGGCCCCUUGUGUUUUCUUCCAGAGUCAGUGGUCUCCUACUUGUGAGGAUGUACACAUUUCCUAUUUGCCUUUAGCACACAUGUUUGAGAGAAUGGUACAGUCUGUAGUAUACUGCCAUGGAGGGCGAAUUGGGUUCUUUCAAGGAGAUAUUCGUCUCUUAUCCGAUGAUAUGAAAGCAUUGCGUCCAACCAUCUUCCCUGUCGUGCCACGGCUGUUAAACAGAAUGUAUGAUAAGAUCUUCAGCCAGGCAGACACGUCCCUCAAGCGCUGGAUUCUGGAAUUUGCUGCAAAACGGAAAAAGGCUGAAGUUCGAAAUGGGAUUAUUAGAAAUGAUAGUUUGUGGGAUAAGCUUUUCUUUAAUAAAAUACAGGCAAGUCUCGGCGGGUGCGUUCGCAUGAUAGUGACGGGCGCUGCCCCCGCGUCUCCCACUGUGCUGGGCUUCCUCCGCGCCGCCCUCGGAUGCCAGGUUUAUGAAGGUUAUGGCCAAACAGAAUGCACAGCUGGAUGCACCUUUACGACCCCAGGUGACUGGACAUCAGGUCAUGUAGGAGCCCCUUUACCCUGUAACUUAAUCAAAUUGAAGGAUGUGGAAGAGCUGAAUUAUUUUGCUUCCAAAGGAGAAGGAGAGAUAUGUGUGAAAGGACCAAAUGUUUUCAAAGGUUAUCUGAAAGAUGAAGAGAAGACAACUGAAGCGCUGGACCAGGAGGGCUGGCUUCACACUGGAGACAUUGGGAAAUGGCUACCUAAUGGGACUCUUAAAAUUAUUGAUCGGAAAAAGCAUAUAUUUAAACUUGCUCAGGGAGAAUAUAUUGCACCGGAGAAGAUAGAGAAUAUCUAUAUCCGCAGUGACCCUGUUGCCCAGAUCUACGUCCAUGGAGACAGCCUGCAGGCCUUUCUGGUGGGAAUUGUGGUGCCUGAUUCCGAAGUUAUGCCAGGCUGGGCAAAGAAAAGAGGGUUUGAUGGAACAUAUGCAGAACUCUGUAAAAAUAAGGAACUGCAGCAAGCAAUAAUGGAAGACAUGGUACGGUUAGGUAAGGAGAGUGGACUUCAUUCCUUUGAGCAGGUCAAAGCCAUUUACAUUCACUCUGAUAUGUUCUCGGUACAAAACGGUUUGUUGACACCGACAUUAAAGGCUAAGAGACCAGAAUUAAGAGAUUACUUCAAAAAACAAAUAGAAGAGCUAUAUUCAAGCAUCUCCAUCUGAAAUCAUGGGAAGACUCUUCUGAAUAAUGGACUUCGUAGCAAUAUUAGAAUAAUACUCAAAAGUACAGAGCCAGAAUGACACAGCUGAAAUGGAUAAGCAUCGGAAUCUUACAUAUGAGCCUUUCAUUGUUCUAGGAUUUCGCCACUAACCAUAAUUUUCCUUCUUUUUUUCAUCAGGUGUGCUACAAUUUAUUUUUUACUCUAUGUACACAGUAGAGUACUACUAAGAAUUACGCUAAAUUGCCACAAAAUACAUAGAAACUUCAAUCUAUGACCUAGUAAAUUAUGGAAACUUAUCUUAUUAAUAACUACAAACAUUUGUAAUUAAAAUAGGGAAAAAUUCAGGUACGUCUGUUGAUAUUUGAUUGUAUAUAACCUAACACAUUAGAAACUAAAAUUGUGGAUAAUUCAAUAAUGUGGUCUACCUCAAACAGCCAGUGAUUGAUGGUGAAAGUCUAUUUUCCCUGAUCUGAAACUUCAACCUGGAUAUUGGUUUAUAUAUUAAGUCAUAGUUUUUAUAUUUUCCAGGACAUAAAUUACAUUGAUUUGAUUUAAUCAUUAAUGACCUAACUGUCAACCAGAAUAGAAACAAGAAUGAAUCUCCUGCUAUUUGUACUUAAUAGACAUAUUAUUAUAUUACAUCUGAGGGAUUAAUAUUUCCUUGAAAUUACAAAAACCGGUUAGGAAGCAACAGGAUAGAAUUCCCUCCAUUUCCUUUUCAUCCAAACUCCGUUUAUACAUGGCAUGCUGGUUUUGCAUUAGGGCCUCCGUCAGCACGGUACACUCGUGGACAUCUGAACUACUCAAACUGAGAAGGUUGCAAAAGCAUCGCUGGCUCUGGGGCAGCUUUCUGGGGGAGUUCACGUUAACCCGUAUGCUCCCGGUCCCUAAUUUAUUACUUCACAUGCUGCUAAUACUGCGUAGUCCGGUUGGACUAACUCCCUUUCAGAAACAGUGCUCAAGAAAUGGAGCUAGGCUGCGAUUCUGCGUGGGGCUUAGCAAAAAAAAUUGGUGUGGGCAGGCGGAGAUGCGGAGGGCAUCCUUCGGCUGGCUGUGGAGGAGGAAGGACUGUUGCUCCAGAGUCCCGCAGGGGUGGGCGGAAGGCUGUUAGCCAGCGUGUUGUAAGGUGUCAGGGUACGGGAAAGCACUGGCCGCAGUUGCAGAAAGGCUCACUAAGAAAACAUCUCUGCCUUCAAAUGUCUGGAAGCCCCAGUUCCCACUGUCGUCACUUCCAGCGGCCUCUCUGGAGGAAACAGCAAGUUGUCUGGAUGAAACCCGAGAUUUCACAACCGGCUGCAGCUGUUAGAAAGGGGAUGUGUCCCAUGUGGAACAGGGACAGGCUCUGGAGCCCUCUCCUGAUAUAAAGCAUGGUACAAAACAAUGAGAAAACUGUAAUGUCAAGUUGCUUGAACACUUGGACUGUCAGUGGCUUCCUUCUGCUAAACAGGGUCCUAAAUAUAUCUGUGUAUUUUAAUAGCUGUUGUUUGUUGCACCAGUGCAUCCUAGCAUGGAGCUGAGCCUGCUAGAUCUUUACUAGGACAGUGAAAGCACACUUACUUUCUCUCUUAAACUGGAAUCUCCUCUAGAUUUUUGAAGCUAAAAGUUUAAAUUUUAAUCUAAAUGAUCUCUUAUGUUCCCCAUGAAAUUCCACUGCAUGCUGCAAAAUGAAACAAAUUGAAUGAAUGACUUAGCAUUACACGAAGACUGAUUUAUUACAGUGAUUUUGGAACAAAAUGAUACAGAGGAAACAGCUAACAGAAGAGGCCAAUUUGAUUUAUCAAAUGUCCAAGUAUUUGUCUGAAUUCCUUUUUGCGCCUGAUUAUUCCUCAUUUGAUUCCAGUGCAAUGAUUCACACCUGUCCAAAGCAAGUAAGAAAUGCCGCUACUGUGAUCUGAUGGCAUUGUACAUUCAUUUCUCACCAACCUGCACAGCAACGGCUGGGGAAUCUGCGUCGGCCACGUCUACAGAGGAGAGGAAUUAUGGUAUAAAAUCUGGCUCUUUAGGUCAAGUCAUAAAGGAUUUUCAUCUCUGCGGAGCCUAGUUCAUCUCCUUUUUGUAUCAGCCAAAAGACAGUCAUUACAAUGGCACGCUUCAAAGCUAUGAAGAAUUGGUACAAUUUCCUGUUCUAAUGUGACAUACUUUUAAAAUUAAAAAAAUAACUAGUCAUCUAAAUAAGUACAGAAAAGCUAUUUUUCACCGACCUUUUUCUACCACAUGAAUUUAAUUUACUUUUCUCCUGAAGAUGAUUUCAAUUUACCAAACUUUUCUAGGUAAUUAAACUCUGACUUUGUAUAAGUACAGAGGAUCCCAAUAAGAGUUUAUUUACGGCUUAGAUAGCUGAUAUGUUUAAGUAAUACUGAAUACUAUAUCUGUAUUCUUCUUCUGGUAUUUGAUGCAAAAUAUCAGAUGCACUAGAGCCAAAGAUAUGAACACCAAACAAAUAAGAAGGAAAAAAUACAGACUUGGCCACACUAGGCUGAUGCGAAAUUUGGGAGAAAUUGUGUUGUCACACCAAAAGUGUGAAUACUUUCAGAACUUGUGAAAAGCUGUAUAAAUAAAUGAAAAGCUCUUGUGUAAUCAGAUUUUCCUCUGCAGGUCACUCUCUCUCUCUUGCCAUAAUCAUAACAAUGUUGUAGGAGAUUAGAACUUGGAAAGAACACACGCAUAAGCGUGAACCGGGCAUAAACGUGCUUCCCUUCAAAUUCCAGAAAUAUUUAUUUUGCAUUGAGCUUUCUUAAACUGAAAUGUGACCACCAGUGAAAAAUCCCCAGGACUAUCCAAUAACCAGUUGUUGGGGGUUUUUUCCCCCCUCAAGAUAACCAAUUACAGAAUUAAUUUCUAAUCAUCUUAUUGAAAGAGUCGAAACUCAAGUCCUGUUGCACAAGUGGCAACGCAAGUUACCCUUCCCUGUGAAGAGCCCUAUCCUCUAUGGCUUCAGGAUGACUGGUUUUCCCUAAUCACUGUCCUCUGGGGGUUCAUUCUGCGAUCAAUUAAUGAAAAAAUACAGCGAUCCCACUGCAGUGAGCGUGGGCGGGUGGGAGCAGCGCUGCUCAGCCAGGCCCCUGCGAUGGGGCUGCUCCUCGCUGUGGGCUCAGGCGCUGAGUCCGGACGUCUUAAAUACGGGAGGUUCUUCCCAGACCCGGAGCUACGCCUGUGAAAUCCCUGGAAGAACAUCUCCAGUGCUCAUAUGUAAAAACCAGAAUAAACCACAUUCUGCCAGGAAGAGAAUACUCCUUAGUUAUGUAUUUUGUAUGUUCUUGGCUCAAUAUUUUGCACAGAGAAAAUGCCUUUCUGCCACAGGAAUGGGGAAAGGCACACAGAAGUGGGAGCAGAAACCAUACCAGACAGUCUUAACCCCAUGUUGGCAGGAAAUAUACAGCGUUAUUCUGUCCCGAAAGACACAUCUGCAGGUUGAAAUGUGUGAUGCACAUCAGGUGAGAGAGAGAGACGGGGAGCUGUUUAUUGGCAAAGUGCUGUUUCACCAUCUGUCCUCACUGUUAGUAUUUAUCAGCAUCGGUAAAGUCCAGUGUCAUUUUUGCCAUGAAUAUGAAAUUCUUGCAUAUAACAGAAAAUAAUCUGACUUAAUCUUCAAAUUAACUAUAGGUUGUCUUGCUGUUUUGUUUUUGUUUGUUUUGUUGUUUUUUUUUUUUUUAAUUUUCCAUGUGUUAAAAGCACAAACUGGUGAUCUACAUGUAAAUAAACUGCUACAAGAUGAAUGUAAACUGGGAAAGAAUAUACUAUUUUUGCAUGGUAACAGAUUACUUAAAGACCUCUUGAUGCCUUACAGAACAUUUGGAAAAGCAUUUUAUUUAGAGGCAAUUCUAUCCAUGUACUUUUUGUAUCUUUAGCUCACUUUGCUUUUGUCUGUGGAAAAAAAAUUAGCAGAAUUAGAUCUUUGUUUCUUCUUGCAAUUAACAUUCUUCAGUACUUUGCACAUUCAGUGGUUUCUACGCCACCUUUAUGCCUGUUACAUGAUGAAGCUGAAGCUGUGCUUUUUGGCGGAGAAAUCUGGAUGCUUGUAGUCUGGGAGGGAAAAAGUUUUAGAGCCCUGGAAUUGUUCCAAAAUAAAAUGUUUUCUGAGGCAUCUAGAGCCCCUUUAAGCCCUUCACUUCAUUUCAGCUUUUUGUUAUGUAUUUUAGCAAAGUACAAGCAGCAAAAAUGAUGAGGCAUUUUAGUAAUUGUUGCCUAUUCUAUUUUCAACUGAAAGUGAAGGGGUUAAAAUAUAACAUAUACAUUUGUGUAAAAAAAAAAAUCUUAACUGUAAUUAAAGAAUUUUCAGUUUUGGUAUAUUAGCAUGUAUAUCGAAAAGUCAUCUAUGGAAACUUUUGUAAAGAAUUAAAUUGUCACAUUUCUCAAAACUGCUCAUAAGAUUUUCUGGUGGACUGACAUACAAUAAAAGCUCUUUUAUAAAACCUGCUGUUACUCCAGCACUCUCUCCUCGCAAUCGGUAUGAAGUCGUUCAGAAUGUGUGCCUAUACUAAAUGUGUUGUAAAAAAAAAAAAAAAAAAAAAAAAAAAAAAGAGACAUGAAAUAACAACCAAAGGAAUAUUGGAACCUGAGACUGAUUUUAGCAAUCUUCUACGAAAAAAUUGUUGCAAAGUUCUCUGAAGAUGCAGCAGUCUUUCUGUAGUGGUUUCAUUUUUUACUUUAAAUCAAUAAUAAUGUAACCAAAUGUAUAUGCUUGUUUAAUAUGAAUUGACAAUUGGGAAUGCAUAGUAUUUUUUCAAACUAUGUGUCUAAAACAAUAAAGUUUAAAAGCAU